GUCACAACAUUUUUCCCGACACGUCAGACCAAGUUUUGAUACAUCGACAUAAUGUUUCAUGGAAUACCAGGUACAGGUGGGAUAGGAGGAGCCCCAGCCAACAAACCUGAGUUGUAUGAGGAAGUGAAGCUAUACAAAAACGCAAGGGAAAGAGAAAAGUAUGACAACAUGGCAGAGUUGUUUGCUGUUGUCAAGACUCUACAGGCCCUCGAGAAGGCUUAUAUCAAAGACUGCGUAACACCCAAUGAAUACACUGGUUCCUGUUCAAGACUCUUGGUUCAGUAUAAAGCUGCUUUCAAGCAGGUGCAGGGCUCUGAUGUGGGCUCCAUCGAUGAUUUUUGCAGGAAGUACAGACUCGACUGUCCACUUGCAAUGGAGAGGAUUAAGGAGGACCGGCCCAUCACCAUCAAGGAUGACAAGGGCAAUCUCAAUCGCUGCAUUGCUGAUAUAGUCUCUCUUUUCAUCACUGUUAUGGACAAACUCAGACUGGAGAUCAGAGCCAUGGAUGAAAUUCAACCAGAUCUAAGAGAGCUGAUGGAAACCAUGAAUAGAAUGAGCAACAUGCCUCCAGACUCAGAGGCUAAGGACAAAGUCAAUCUCUGGUUGACCACACUGAGCAGCAUGUCGGCCUCAGAUGAGCUGGAUGAUAAUCAGGUUCGCCAGAUGCUGUUCGAUCUGGAGUCGGCCUACAAUGCCUUCAACCGCUUCCUGCACUCUUCCUGAAUUCAACUGUCAUUUCUCUGUGUGUUUUUAGUUAAGAUGCUACUUUCCUCAUUGCUUUAGCACAGAGAAGUUAAUCUCUGGACAGGUUUCCAUUCUCAUAUCCCUUGAAAUUGGUUUUGAUUUUUUUUUUUUUCUGUACAAUCUUCUGGUGUUGUUUAGUCCAGUAUUGCUUUAGUUUUUGUUUUGUUUUUUUUCAGCUCCACUUCUUUGUAUACCAUAAAGAUUCAGCCUACAGUCUUACUCAGUUAAUUUGUUCAAUCCCGUAAGCUGCUCUAUUGGCCUUUUAUUUUUUUACAUACCUAAAUGUGUGAAAAAUACUUCUGUGGCUUCAUUCUGGCCUUGAGAGAACAGUUUACUCUUAACUUUACGUAUGAUUGAAAAGGGUCUAAUUUUCUAGCUGUUUGGCAGAGUAUCAAUAAAAAAGCAUUUAAUGUAUAGCGUCAGAGAAAACAGCCAACGUCUCUGAUUCCCUAAUGUGUCACUUUGAUUUCCCCUUUGACUUGUACUUUAGAGUUCUGUUUUAGUGGAUGAUUAAAGCAAAUGGGUGUAGGUACAGCACAGAUGAAAAAUUACUCGAAGGACUACAAACUGUUGAUCUGCUCUUCUCGUCAGCGAUAAGUUUGAAGCUCAGGUGAAGAAAUGGCUCAUGUUGAUCACUUGUUUUUCCUCUUCACUGUUCUUAAACAUGUUUAAUCCGUGUUUCCUUUCAAAGUGAGGGUUCAAACACAAAUUAGCAAAUACUAAGGUGAACGAACUUCUUAUUUAUUGUGCUUGCUAAAUAUGUUUUAACCCUCAAAUUAAAGAAGGGAGAACAUAUUUAUUAAGAUUUAUCAUUGUAAAUAAUAGUAUUGCCUUUUAAAUAAAAGCAUGUAACACCUUUUAGAAAUAAAUGUUUGAAAACAAAAGCA